CAGUCAGAAUACCCCUCCCUCUGUCUUUCUCUCUCUCUCUGCCAUCUUGCAGGUGAAGUUGCCAAGGGUCCUGGGCUGAGAAAGUGGCCAAACCCUCCCACAGUGGGAUGUUUUCUCUGCUGCACUCUGGGCUGGUUUCUAUUCAAAUGUGGGUCAGGGGUGAGGAAGCCUAACGUCAUAAGCUUGCAACAUGGCGUCCCGAAGGCUGUGAGAUGAGCAAGAGGAUGGUAAAGAACGCUUGAGAACGAUCCUACCGAUGUAAUAAGCUUCAGGUGGUGCUCGUGUAGGAAGAGAGAGACAGAGAGAGAGCGAGAGAGCGAGAGAGAGGAAAGGAAGGAAGGAAGGAAAGAAAGAAGGAAAGAAGGAAGGUGGAAAUGGAACUGCCAAAUCAUGCCAAACAACUGCUGCUGCAACUCAACCAGCAGAGAGCCAAGGGCUUCCUGUGUGAUGUUAUCAUCGUGGUGGAGAAUGCACUCUUCCGUGCCCACAAGAACAUCCUGGCGGCAAGCAGCAUCUACUUCAAAUCUUUGGUCCUCCACGAUAACCUCAUUAACCUCGACACAGAGAUGGUUAACCCCUCUGUAUUCAGACAAGUUCUGGACUUCAUCUACACUGGGAAGCUCCUGUCCUCGUCAGACCAGAGCAGUGAGCAGAAUUUCACUGCCCUCUUAACUGCAGCCAGCUACCUCCAGCUCCAUGACCUCGCUGCUCUGUGCAGAAAGAAGCUCAAGCGCAGUGGUGGGAAAUCCCUGCCAGGUAAGCCCUCCACUCCAGGUCCCCUUAGCCGCUCACGCCUCAACAACCAGCGCCUUUCCACUUCAACCCCUGCUGGCUCCAAAAACCACUAUCCUCCAACACCCUCCGAUGCCGACCAGCUACAGCCAGAUGAAGGUCUUCGGGACAAGCUCUCAGACGACGAAAUGUUUGUUGGCAGCUCUGGGAGGAAUGGCAAUGGGGGAAAUGGCAGCAGUAACGGUAACCUCAGCAGUGGAGGCAGUGCUGGGGAACCAGACCUUGGACUAGAUCUGUCCAAGAAGAGCCCUCCCUCUGCGGGCACAGCCACUGAUGCCCUCAGCCCACACAGCAACUCCCAAGAGUCUCCUCAAUCUGCCUCAGUAUCCACAACCAACAGUGCCUCACUGGAUGACUCCUCUACCACCCUACCAGGUGUAGACACCGGCUCAGAGACCAUGGAGCUCAACUCCUCCUCUAAAGCCUCAGAGGAAACCCAAAACCAGCCUGAUGGCCCUCCACCCCAGAAGAAAUCCCGACAGGGUGCUCGCAAGAACGAAUGGCCUAAGAGAGAGGUGUCAGGGUUGAAGUCCGAAGAUCAUGAAAGGCCCCUGGUUAAUGGGGUGAUUGUGGGUCCUAAAGAUGGCCGCUCCUCUGACCAGUCCUUCCAGUGUAAAGAUGAGGAAGAAGGAGGAGAGAAUGGCCAGGACCACACUGAUGAGAGCGGUCAAAGUGACGGAGAGAGUGCAGGAGGUGGAGGAGGAACAGGAGGGGGACACCACAGCGCCAACUACGUGUACCGUCAGGAAGGUUUUGAGCCAGCAUUUGGAGACAACCUCUAUGUGUGCAUUCCCUGUGGUAAGGGCUUCCCCAGUUCUGAGCAGCUCAAUGCUCAUGUGGAGACGCACAAUGAGGAUGAGCUGUACAUCAAAGAGGAGGGAGGGACCUUUGUGAAAGAAGAAGAUGAGGAGGAGGCAGAGGACCUCUCUGCCCCCGUGGGUCCCUCCAACUUUGGCUCUGAAGCGCGUCCGUUCAAGUGUACAGUCUGCAGUAAGAGCUACAAAGACCCGGCAACGCUGAGACAACAUGAAAAGAGCCAUUGGCUGACCAGGCCUUUCCCUUGCAACAUAUGUGGCAAAAUGUUCACCCAGAGGGGCACCAUGACACGUCACAUGCGCAGCCACCUUGGCCUCAAGCCGUUUGCGUGUGAAGAGUGUGGCAUGCGCUUCACCCGCCAGUACCGUCUGACAGAGCACAUGCGUGUCCACUCUGGGGAGAAGCCGUAUGAAUGCCAGCUAUGCGGGGGGAAGUUUACCCAGCAGCGCAACCUCAUCAGUCACCUGAGAAUGCACACCUCACCUUCUUAGAAACGCAUCAAGCCAAAGAACUCUGGGAAUAGAAAAAAAACCAUUUCUCUCUUUUUUUUCCAUCUCAACUACAAAGAAAUGCACAUGUACACAUUCACAUGCAGACACUCACAGUUCUUCAUAUUAAUUCCAGUUUAUGACGGCCUGGCUAAGUGAAUGAUGUAGCUGUUAGCCACAGUGGGCUCUUGGUGACGGUGGGAACUUGUUGAUGCAAGGAUCAUGUCAUCAUUUAUAUCAAGCGAUGUCUGCUCACCUCUCAGGAGUUCUAGAGGGACAAUUGCUCCUGUCUCUCUCCAAAGUCACAAAGCCAUGGUGGAGUGGCAUGACUUCUGGUCUGCAUUACAAGUCUGUCAAAUGUGAAUGUGGGUACUGAUAUAAAGUCAAGCCCCCUCGCCUCAUACCCCUCAGCAGCCUUUCUCUCUUCUACCUUUUGAGCAAUGAGUCUUCAAGUUUUUCAGAUUGUUCCUCAAGCUGAUGAACUCUGGAGCCCCCUCUGUACUCCAGUGCUAUUUUGACCAAAAACCUGCGCAAACAAUACUGGCAAUAAUUCUGCAAAAAGAUUAUUUUUACCCGACAGCUUUAUAUCCUUUGUUAUGUUGGUGAUGGGCAUCUGUAUGUAAGAGGAUGGGUAACUGGGUUUGGGACCAUCUCCAUGCUUUAACUGAAAGUCCUGAAAGAAAUGGUGGGAUGACAUUGGAUUAAGUUUUAGUUUCACAGACCACAAAUGCUCAAAGUCUUCUCUACAGCUGUUCACAGUAAUAUAGAGGAUUUUCAUUGUUUUUUGGUUUUGCCUGCUAGUGCUCCCAGGAGUGAAUCCUGAUUUGAAAGAUGAACCCCUUGAGGUAUUAAUUUACUUAAAAAACUUGUAAUGUUU